GUUGAGAGUGCAUUGUUUGGUUGUUAUAAAAUGACAGCCGUUACUAUUUCGCCGGCUGUGCAGGGAAUUAUUCAAGUUGUAAAUGAAAGUAACUUGUGUAAAAUCGAAAGCUUCCUCAAUGAUACAGCGUAUAGGGAAGCCAUUGAAAAUUCUUCAAAUUAUAACAGCCGACUAUGCAGAGAACGACGUUUACGAAUGCCUUUCCUCGAUUCUCAAACAGGUGUAGCACAGAAUCAUUCUGCGCUAUUUAUGUCUUCAAGAGAAAGACUACCUGGUUUGUUACAUGGUCAGAUCUAUACAUAUCCUAGUAAAAGAUGGAGGAAAAAACGGAGACAAUACUUGAUGCAUUAUUUGCAUCCAAAAAGAGGACCAAGAGGAGAUACAGAAGAUGGUAAUGAAGGUGUAGAGAUUGUAACACAUGUAAAUGAUGAUAGUAAAGAUUCAGUGGCCCUUAAAGCAGACGAACAUAGUAAAGAUGCAUGGUAUUAUGAUGAGCAAGACAUGUUAGAUAUGGAUACAUAUGAGGAGCCCGAUGCUGAAAGUGAUUAUGAUUAUGAAGAAAGUUAUAGCAGUAAAAGAAAACGAAGAAAACCUCGUGGAGGUGGUCAUCAUCCUGCACGAAAUCAUCCAUCUACCACAGACAGUCCUGGGGGAAAACGUACUAAGGGUGGGGGACGCGGGCGCAAAAAAACCAACUAUGAUGCCGUUGACACUGAUAAGCCAUUCGUUUGUGACCUAUGCAGCGCACGGUAUAAAACCAGACCUGGUCUGGUCUACCAUUAUGGUCAUUCCCACUCUACUUCCUCCGGUGAUCCUGCUAAGGAACUAAGUCCCAGUCCUGCCGAAGUUGAACCUAGGAGCGUUGCAGACACCGCUGCUUCGAACCAGCCAGGUGGUACACGUCGGGGUCGUCAGAAUGCAACUUCGUCGAGUACUUCGAGCCCCUCUCCCGCAGCGCCCUCUGCGACCGCUGCGGGAGCAUCCACGCAGCCACAGCCACAGACGCAGCCGGCACAACCUCCAGCGCAGCAGUCGCAGCAGCAACCGUCCCAGCAACCGUCCCAGCAACAGACGCCGCCGUCGCAGCAGCCACAAUUGCCUGCGGCGCAGACGACGGCAGCGCCAGCCUCGCCUACGAUACCGGCGGUGAAGGAAGAGCACCUACCGGCAGUGUCAUCACCAGGGACUGCCGUCCCCUCGCCUUCGUCGGUGAGAACGGAGGGCCCACCAACGCCAGGGAUGAACGAAAAAAAAGCUGGCAAAUCCGCGCAACCGUCCCCGUACUGUGACUUCUGUCUGGGCGAUGCUAGGGAAAAUAAAAAGACCGGCGGCUCCGAGGAGUUGGUCUCUUGCAGUGAUUGCGGUCGCUCAGGGCAUCCGACUUGUUUGCAAUUCACAGCGAACAUGAUCGUUUCUGUUCGCAAGUACAGGUGGCAGUGUAUCGAAUGCAAAUGCUGUUCCAUUUGUGGCACUUCUGACAACGAUGAUCAGCUGCUGUUCUGUGACGACUGUGAUCGUGGAUACCACAUGUAUUGUCUGUCUCCACCUCUUGCGUCUCCUCCCGAGGGCUCCUGGUCUUGCCGUCUGUGCAUAGCAGAGUUUCAUCGCCGUGAUUAAAAGUCUUUUGUCUCGUAGAUAAGUGACGGAUUUUAUCUAUUUGCUGUGGUGCAGUGGCCAUUCUUGAAUUAGGAGAGUAUUCAUAAGCUCACUUUCUCUUGUAGUAUUAUGAUAAAUGCAAAUGUACUUUCAGUGACCGAAGACUCCUGUUCUCUUUUUAAGGAAGUUUAUUAAGAACGUU